AUGGCAACACGCAACCGGCGCCCCGCGCCUACCAAAGACGAGCCCGCCGAGCCCAUCAAGAAAGUCGCAACGGAAACCACAUCCUCAGCGUUUUCCGUGCUAGACAUCCUGCGUGUAGCGGGCGGCAUUUUGCUCUUCAGCAGCGCGCUCUCAUAUCUCACCACGAGCGGCACGAGUCUGACAUGGGGCUAUAACCCAUGGUGGACACGCGCAAGAGAAUGGAAGAACAUCAUGAACUCUCCCGUCUCCCUCACCGACGAAGAACUGAAAGCGUACGACGGAACCGACCCUUCCAAACCCAUAUACCUCGCUCUCAACGGCACCAUCUACGACGUUAGCAUCAGCCCCGCGACCUACGGCCCCGGCGGCUCCUACCACUUUUUCGCCGGCCGCGAUGCCGCGCGCGCGUUCCUCACCGGCUGCUUCGACACGGACAGCGUGCCGGACUUGCGCGGCGUUGAACAAAUGUACAUCCCGCUCGAGCCUUGGGAGAAGCCUCCGCCGCCCGAUGCCCCCGAAACAGACAAGCAAAAGCACGCCGUGCUGGAGAAGAGGGCGAGAGAGAAGCGCAAGGCGAUGAGCAAAGCCGAUUUGAAGAAUAGAAGUGCGCAGGAGCUGAGGAAGGCGAGGCAGAGUGUGAGGGAUGGGCUGGAGCAUUGGCAUCAGCUCUUCAGGGGGGACAAGGGGAAGGCGUAUAGAAAGGUUGGGGAGGUGAAGAGGGAGGAGGGCUGGUUGUCGAAGUUGCCAAAGAGAACACUCUGUGAGAACGCAGAGAAGGGGAGGCCCGUGAGGAAGUAUGAGGUUUGA